CUUUCACUCUCUCUCUCGCUCCCCUUCUCCCUCUUUCUUUUGACAUCAGUGACAGGGCACGACAGAGGUAGACUUUCAUUUCUAGCCAGCACACACACACACACAAACGCGCGUGCACACACAUACACACGCAUGCACACAGCACACAGUGAAACAGUAGACACAUCCCCUCUAUGCAUUUUUAAAAGCUCAGCAGGUGAUGGGAACGCUUAGGUCGGGACUCUUUGUUCGCAGAUAAGCUCGGUCAAGUGAUCAGGUGAGUCCAAAUUUUUUAUUUACCGAGGCUAAUGAUAUUUAACAGGUAUUGGGAAUGCUUGAUUCUCUCAAAACUCUCGAACGCGUAAGAGCAUGACUUAAUAUCCAGUGUUUGUUAAACAAUUUAACAAUAUUUUGAUCUUAAUAGUUAGACUCUGAUUCAAUUUGCUUUGCAAGACGAAGAAGGACCUCCAGUCACAACGGAUCAGCUGGAUUUAUCGGAGGAAUAGACUUAAAUCAAGGGGAUGCUCGUUUUAUACUUAAUCCUGUUUUUCAGCUGCAGUUCCAAAGAAAGGCAAUAAUACCCUGAUGUACUUCAUUUGUUAAAAAAGGGGUGACUUUUCUCUCUGUGGAGGCUUAUGAGCUGCCAUCAUGUUGCCAUCACCUUCACCCCGCAUGUGAAAGAACAACCCCCCUGCUUGAGAGCCUCAGUGGUAGACACGUCAGAAUGCCUGGAGCCGACGGCGCCAACCAGGAGGGUUCUUGCAAGUCCUUGUGUCGAAACCUGGUGUCCCAGAACGGCCUGCAGAGAGAGACAGCUGAUAUUUCGCAGUCUGUCCUCUAUACCUCCCUGAUGGGGCUUCUGCUGGUUGCCGACAAUGAGAAGGUGCUCCUCGCAUUAGGAAGUGGAAGGUCUGGUCUGAGAAACAUAGGCAACACGUGUUUCUUGAACGCAAUAGUCCAGUGUUUGUCUCACACUCGCGGCCUGCGGGACUACUGCCUCUUAAAGUCCUACAAACAUGACAAAUUUUCCAAGGAGGAGCCUAGACUCACAGAAGCUUUCUCUCAGGUAUUGUCCGGACUUUGGAAUUCAAAAGAAGAGGACACGGUUGUAAAUCCAAGACAGUUUUACAAUAUUUUCAGAGACACUGUGCCUUACUUCAGUGGUUAUAGUCAGCAGGAUGCUCAGGAGUUUCUCAGGUUUCUUUUAGAAAAGCUACAUACUGAAAUCAACCGCAAGCCCUACAAUCGUCGGCCACUAAAGGACCCCGAGCAAAAAUAUGCCAGAUUUAGGAUUUCUGAAGAGGCAGCUGCAACAUGGAAGAAGCAUUUAGACAACGAUGACAGCAAGAUCGUCGAUCUGUUCUCGGGCCAGCUGCGCAGCUCGCUACACUGCUCCGUGUGCUCUCACUACUCCAACACAUUCGAUGUGUUCUGCGACCUGUCGCUGCCCAUCCCCAAACGCUGCACAACUGGAGAGGUGACGCUGAAGGAGUGCCUGGAUCUCUUCUCUCAGGAGGAGAGACUGGACAAGGAGAAUUCACCAAUGUGCGAGAGGUGCAACAGGCAUACAGAAAGCACCAAGCGGCUGUCCAUACAGAGGUUCCCCCACGUUAUUGUGAUACAUCUGAACCGUUUCACGACAUCACGGUGGUCGAUCAGUAAAAGCACAACCUAUGUGUCCUUCCCACUCACCAACCUUGACCUUGGGCCCUACGGACCUAUUGACUGUGGAGCAGUGUUGUAUGAUUUAUAUGCAAUAUGUAACCAUGUGGGGACUGUCAACAUGGGUCACUACACAGCCUGUUGUUCUGAUGAGAAUGGAUGGUGUUACUACAAUGACUCCAGUGUGUCAGCGAUUUCUGAGACGCAGCUUCAGACCAAUCAAGCCUACGUGUUAUUCUAUCAACGCAGUAACAACGCCAUGACUACAAGGAAAUAGACCCCUGAAAGGCAGUCAGAGACAUUUUUACCGUCAAGGACCACGGAAACCAAUGCGAUGCAGCCAUGCUCACAUUCAUCAAUUUUUCAAUCCCAAGAAAAUGUGCAGUUAAAGAGGCAGAUUAGAUAAAUCGGGACCACAAUGUGUGUGUGUG